AUGGGUGGCAACAGUGGGCAGCCUGGAGUUCACACCUAUAAAUCCCUUGCUGAGGAUGGUGCUUUCGCGGCCACGGACCCGCCCAGAAGACCCACGGGCAGACUGGUCAUGCACAGCAUGGCCAUGUUCGGCCGGGAGUUUUGCUACGCAGUGGAGGCGGCCUAUGUGACCCCAGUUCUGCUCAGCGUGGGCCUGCCGAAGGGUCUGUACAGCGUGGUGUGGCUCCUCAGCCCGAUGCUGGGGUUCUUGCUGCAGCCCGUGGUUGGAUCAGCCAGCGACCACUGCCGGGCCAGAUGGGGCCGGCGGAGACCCUACAUCCUAACCCUGAGCGCCAUGAUGCUCUUGGGGAUGGCGCUGUACCUCAACGCGGACGCGGUGACAUCGGCUUUGAUUGCUAACUCCAGGAAGAAGCUGAUUUGGGCCAUCAGCAUCACUAUGAUUGGGGUGGUUCUCUUUGAUUUUGCUGCUGACUUCAUCGAUGGGCCCAUCAAGGCCUAUUUAUUUGAUGUCUGCUCCCAUCAGGACAAGGAGAGAGGCCUCCACUACCACGCCCUCUUCACAGGUUUUGGAGGUGCCCUAGGUUACCUUCUGGGUGCCAUGGACUGGGCCCGUCUGGAACUGGGAAGAGUGCUGGGCACAGAGUUCCAGGUCAUGUUCUUCUUCUCCGCCUUGGUGCUCACUCUGUGCUUCAUUACCCACCUGUGUAGUAUUCCUGAAGCCCCACUUACAGACGUUGCCAAGGAAGUGCCCCCCCAGCAAGCCCCCCAGGACCCUCCUGUGCCUCCAGACAGAAUACUCGAAUAUGGGUCUAUUGAGAAGGCUAAGAAUGGUUAUAUAAACCCAGAGCUGGUGGUGGAGGGAGAGAAAAACAAAAAUGCUGCUGACCAGAUUCAGAGGAACAUGACCAUGAAGUCGCUGCUGAGGGCACUGGUGAGCAUGCCUCCCCACUACCGCUGCCUCUGUGUCAGCCACCUCAUCGGAUGGACCGCAUUCCUGUCUAAUAUGCUCUUCUUCACAGAUUUCAUGGGCCAGAUCGUGUACCAUGGGGAUCCCUACCGUGCCCACAACUCUACAGAGUUUCUCUUCUACCAAAGAGGGGUCGAGGUCGGAUGCUGGGGUCUGUGUAUCAACGCAGUGUUUUCCUCACUCUAUUCUUAUUUUCAGAAAGCCUUGGUAGCCUACGUUGGAUUAAAAGGUCUUUACUUUAUGGGUUAUUUGCUGUUUGGCCUGGGGACAGGAUUUAUCGGGCUCUUCCCCAACGUCUACUCCACCCUGGCCCUGUGCGCCCUGUUUGGGGUGAUGUCCAGCACCCUGUACACAGUGCCUUUUAAUCUCAUUGCUGAGUACCACCGCGAGGAGCUGGAGGGUCAGAGGCAGCAGGCCCAGCGGGUGGGCCCGGCCCCCAGCGGGAGAGGGCAGGGUCUGGACUGUGCGGCCCUCACCUGCAUGAUACAGCUGGCCCAGAUCCUGGUCGGAGGUGGUCUGGGCUUUCUGGUCAACCUGGCUGGGAGCGUCAGCGUCGUGGUGAUCACAGCCUCAGUGGUGGCCCUGAUCGGCUGCUGCUUUGUCAUUCUCUUUGUUAGAUACGUGAAUUAA